UGUUCUAGCAACACCGCAUCCCUUCGCCUUUGUUCUCAUCUAUUCUCCUCUAUUCCAUUUUCCAAACCUUCCAGCAUUUUCUAAACUCCAUUCUUUAACCCUCUAUUAAAACCACAACUACAUUUCCCCAAAUCAAAACAAACUGAAAAACAUAAUCACUAAUCAUAUCAUCUAAUUCCAUCAUAAUAUAAUCUCAAUCAUUCAAACCAAUCAUCAAUUCAUCAUGAAGCCAAUAGCAGGGGACGAUCCAGUGACACUCCGAACCAAACACCGCGACGAAGAAGGCAAGGUCGUAUCCGAGAAGAUAGAAUUGCACGCACAAGACAAAGAUACCCUUAAGCAUAUUGAGAAGAAACUCGUCGAUACGGGUUUACACCGUCUCGAACGACACUCAGCUGACACAAGGGCGUCCGUGAAGAAACCCCCUCCUAAGAAGGGACACGGUGGGAAGUAUACGUGGGAAGGGCCCGACCUUGAGGCCGAUAACGAGCUCAAGGCCGAACCCGCUAUCGAUGAAGGUGAUCCUAAUUAUGUUGAUGAGGAGGAAGAGGUGGUGGAUGAUGAGGAAGUGAAAGAGAGGGUGAAAGGUGAAGUUGAGGUGGCUAAGGUUGUUGAGGAUAAAGAAGGUGUUGCUAGAGUUGAGGUUGAUCCUCGGAUCAUUAAUAAUACUAGUGUUUGAAAUUUUGUAAUUAUCUAGUUUGUUGUUUAAUUUGCAUGUAAUGGGGUUUAAUUAACUGCUUAA